CUUUCAUUAAACAGCCAUCAUUUACUGAACUAGACUUCGUCUCUCCCGAAGUAAAUUACAGAAUCAGAGAAAGAAAGAGGGCGGAGAUCGCCAUUAGAGAGAAGAAAGGGAAGAAAAAGAAAAAUUGAAAAGAUCAGAAUAUGGAUGGUUUCAAGAAGAAUCAUUCGUCAUCUCCCUCAACCAAACUUUCUGCAACUCCAAAGCUUUCUUCGCCUGAUCUUCAACCAAGAACUUGCUAUUCCAACGAUGUGGUAAUGAAUAACGAGAACGAUCAGAGCGCUCACCAAAUGGGCUCAAAAUUGCAGAGUCCAAAGCAUUUCAUGUCACACACUUUUUCCACUGCUUCCAAGGCUGCGUCCGCCAAGAAGGUCUUGGGCGAGCGGAACGAACAGUCUGGAGCGAUCAUCUCUGCUACCCAUGUUGAGAAAUCCCCCGUCUCAAAUAGUAGGGUGGCUUAUGCAGAUGUGGGUUAUAAUGAUCUGGAUCGCUAUUCAAGGCUGACCCCAAAAAUAUCCUAUAGGGUUUCUGAUUUGGACCAAGAGAAUAUUUCUGCUUCUGAUCCGUCUUCCCAGCCUUAUGAUCCAUUGACGAAUUACUUGUCUCCUAGGCCCAAAUUCCUCCGGUACAGGCCUAACAGGCGUCAUGAAUUUCUCCUUAAUAGAGAGAAUGAAGGGGCAACAGAGGAGAACGGUCACAAGUCCCAGGAAUCAAUUGAAGGGGAAGAAUCCAACCAGUCAGUUGAUGCUGAUGGGUCAUCGUCUUCUUCGUCAGCGAAGGGUUUUGUAGAACCAGAAAGCAAUUCCAGUGACGAUGAUGAGGACAUGGAAGAGUUUGAGGUGGAUGAGAAGCAUUGGGAUUUUAACAAGGUAUUCAAAUCUCUGUUUCUCCUUGGCAUUCUAAUCCUUUCCACCAUGUUUAUAUCUUCUAUGAACUCUCCCACACCUCCACCCUUUAUCCAAGCCCUGCAAGAGGUCAGAGAAUGCUACCAGAAGACUCAGGCACAUCUGUUCCGAGUAACUAUGGUGAGCAAUUUCUUGGAUCAAGAACGUGAAAACUCUUUGAGUGUAACCACCAAUCGAAACGAGACAGUUACUCCCGGGGGUAGUCAUGAGGAGGAGAUGAUUUUUAGCAUGAAGGAAACAUGGGAGAAUUCUUAUCUGGUUGCUGAAGAGUUGGAGCUACAGCAGUUAGAAAAUGAAGCACAGUCAGUACCAGAUUCUCAGACCCAAUUCAUGUCACAUUGGGUGGACAAUCAAAUUGCAGGUUCUGAUAUUUUCAAUAGUUUUGAGAUCCAGAAAAAAUUGGAUGAGGGUACUGAACCAGUUAUGGCUGAACAAGAGAAAAAAGAAUAUGUGACUGAAGCAUCAGGGGGAGCUUCCAAUGGAGGAACUCUGACACACGAAAUCGAUUUGUGGAGAGAAUUUGUAAAAAAAUGGAUGGAAGAAGUUGAAAACGUUUCUGGGAAGACGAGUAAAAUGUUGGAGCCACUGGAUGGAGAGAACACUGAGAUCAGCCAAGUGUCUCAAACCCAAAUGAUUUCAGGUGCAAAGGCAAUUGAACAUCCAGCCUCUGAUGAUAUUCACAUUACUGACGGCACAAAGGUUGAUGUAGAUGAGGAAGAUCAAAUCAAAGGCAUGAAAUCUGAGUUCAUUGCCAGGGCUGCUGUUGUAGUGUCUGUAAUUGCCAUAUCUGUGGUUUUUGGGCUGCUUCAUAUCAAGAACAGGAGAACAAUAAAGGGUUCGCACUUGAGGAGGGCUCAGUCAUCUUCUGAAUCCGUGAAAGUGGAGACAAGGGGUUCAGAACUUCCACCUUCUGAAUCUAUGGCAAAAGUUGAUUCUCUCAUCAAUCUUUCACCUUCUGUUCCUUCCGAUGACAAGGCUUUCAAAGAGCUUCACCAAAGUGGAGUGCCAAAAGUGGAGUUACUCGGAGAAUUCACAAUGGGAGAAAUCAGAAGAAGUUCUAUCAAGAGCUGUGAUCUUAAAUACAAGAAAGUGGAAGGCGAAGUAACUAAUUUUUCAGCACCUCAAGAUAAGAGGCCAAGGAGGAAGAUUCCUUCCUCUGUUAAUGAUAUACGUCUAUCCCCUGCAGUGUCCUCUGCUACAGAAUUCUCUUCAUAUGGAAGCUUUACUGCUCCGGAGAACAUUGUGAAGAAAGAGGAGGGUAAUGAAGGAGAAGAAGAGGUAAGGAAGAUAAUCAGAACUCCAGUAAGGCGAUCAAAUCGAAUUCGCAAUCGAGUCACAUCUCCCUGAAUUGAACUCCAAGCUGAUGAUAGAUGAUUAUGUUUUUUUUUUUUUUUUUGAAUUGCCAUGAUUCAGAAACAGGUUCCUGUUGUUGCAAGUUAGAAUCUAAGCUAAUGUAGAAUGAGCUUUUAUCUGUACGCUUAAGGAAAAAAACCAGUCACUGAUUUCUUAAUGAAUUCCCUAAACACUGAA